AACCCCGCAGCCGAGGAAGGCCUGGCUGCUGUCGGUGCUGUUCUGCGAUCUAUACAAAUCAUCCCCCAGAUCUACAAGUCCUACAAGACCAAGUCGACCCAUGGCUUGUCAUCCGCCUUCAUGCUUGCUUGGGCAUGUACGCAGCUCGCCCUCGGUCCAUACACCAUUGUUCAACAGUUCGCCAUCCCCCUUCAAAUCCAACCUCAAGCAUUCGCCUUUUUCUCGGCCGUCUCUUGGUCGCAGUGCCUCCACUACGGCAAGGAGAUGUCGACGAUCAAGGCGGCGGCAUGCCUUGUUGCGCUCUUGACCGUCCUCGCUGGUGCUCAGGUCGGAUCAGUCUUUGGCUUGAGGGCGGGUAGAGCAGCUGGUACAGAGGUACCCGUCAAGGUGUUUGGCUACCUCACUUGGUUGCGGACCUUUCUUUCUGCACCUCCGCAAUUCUACAAGAUCUACCAGCUCCGCGAGGUAGUCGGCAUCUCCUUUACCCUGUUAUCGAUCGAUAUCACCGGUGCUAUCUUCUCCAUCUUGUCUCUACUCUUCCGUGCAAAGGCCGACAUUCCCGCCAUAGUCACAUUCGCCCUCGUUGUCGUCCAGAACGGCCUCGUCAUGCUCCUCGCGCUCAUCCUCAACCCCCGCGCCCGCGCUCGCCGUGCCAAGGAGGCCGCCCUCUCCCCUCCUACCCACUCGACAGACGAGAAGCCCACCUCC